CCUGUCUGGCCUCCUGCUGGAAACUGCUUGAACUGAGGACUGUGCUGGGGAAGGAGAUCUGCCGUCUGUUCUUAAAGAGCUUUUGUGCUGGAGAGUCAGGCCUGGUCUCCAGGGAGCGCCGGACAGAAGCCAUGGCUUCUGCGAGGGGGCUGGACCGCCGGACGCUGGACAAGGUGGGGAGGCGCCUGCAGAGGCUGCAGAAGCUGUGUGAGAACCCGCGGCUCGGCCUGCGCAACAGCCCCCCCUACCUGCCGGAGCUGGUGCCGGACACCCUCGGCCACCUGCGGCUGGUGUGGGGGUCCCGCGGGGGGGCGGCGGCGGCCAGCGACGAGGCUGAGUACCUCGGGCUCCUGCUGCGCCACCUGCUGGACAAGGCGGACCGCGCCGUGCUGCUCUUCAAGGACGGGCGGGAGAAGAUGUUCGACGAGAACUCCAGCCACAGGAGGAACCUCACCAAGCUGUCUCUGAUCUUCAGUCACAUGCUCUCCGAGCUCCGGUCCUUGUUUCCGGGGGGACACUUUCAGGGUGACACCUACAGGCUGACCAAGAGUGAUGCCGCCGAGUUCUGGAGACGAGCUUUCGGGAGCAGGUGCGUAGUGCCAUGGUCUUCCUUCAAGCAGCAGCUGCGUCAGGUGCACAGCUUCGAGGAAGGCAUGGAGUCCAUGGCCUUGAAAUCAACCCUCGACCUCACCUGUAAUGAGCACAUUUCCAUCUUUGAGUUUGACAUCUUCACCCUUCUGUUCCAGCCCUGGUCCACUCUAUUAAGAAACUGGAAUCACUUGGCGGUCACUCAUCCAGGGUACAUGGCCUUCCUCACUUAUGACCAGGUCAAGAGCCGGUUGGAGAAGUACAGCAACCGCCCUGGGAGCUACAUCUACCGACUCAGCUGCACCAGGAUGGGCCAGUGGGCGAUCGGUCAUGUGACAGAAGAUGGCUCUAUUGUACAGACCAUACCCCACAACACUCCCCUGUACCAGGCACUCGUCCAGGGCUACAGAGAGGGGGUAUAUCUCUAUCCAGAUGGACGAGACAUUAACCCAGAUUUGAGCUGUUUGUGCGAGUCAGUGAACAAGGGGAGAAUAAAGGUCACUCAGGUAACACAGUAUCUUCCUGUUCUCUCAGUGCAGCGUCCAGUCAUGUGUCUGUAUUAA